AACUGUCGCUAAUGCUGGCUAGAGAACUCAGCAUUGAGACAACAAUUGUGCAAGCUUUGUGGUGUACUUUGAACUAUGAGUUGGACUAACCUCACCCCUGUACUCUCCGCAGAGCUAUUCACAGGUUAGGGUGGCCUUUGUGGUUUACAUUGAUAAAAAUAACCUUCGAUGGGAAUAGAACUAGUAUUUUAGACUGCAAAAAAAGGGGGGGGCCUAUAACAAACACAGUCAGGAAAGAAUGCAAAUAUCGGUUGUUUUAAUAUUUCCAAUAAUUAUAAGAUACGGAGAUCAAGGUUUGUCACCUUUCAACUGGUUCUAAGAAUCAAACAUGGAGGAACGAUUGGCAGCUAACAGGGUCGUUUGGUGAAUGAACUCGCGUACUUUCACCGCUCGGUUGGUCUCAGCAACUGAGACAAUUAUUAUGUACGUGUAUUAUCUCUUCAUGUUAAUAUCUUGAUUCUAUUUUAAGGUCAUGCAUAAACUCACCUCAUUUCAUUGUCCAUUGGCGCUUCUAACAAUAUUCAACCCUUUUUAACCUCAGUAGCUCAGGACGCCUCGAGAAAAACAUAGGAACUAAGAGAUGGGUCUGGUGAUAGGGAACUAUUCCUAUACUUUUCCGUGUGUAAAUGUUUAUGCAUCUUCUACAUGAACCUGUACCUGAAUUCUCCUGCGCAGUCGUUGUAGUCGUCACGCAACGCUGCUAUCGUGACGACAAUCUGGAGUUGACUUGCGUGACACUGACGUCAGAAGGGUUGACCAGGCCUCGAAGCUGAUCCUUACCUAUCCCUUGUAAUUUUAGAAAUUGGGGGCUUCAAGAAAAAAAAAAUAGCCUGCAUAACAGGCGUUUACCAAGUUUAGCCUGUGAUCAAGCUUUCGUUGGGUGGGUGUACGGUAAGUGCUCCCCCUCCCCCCUCCGUCAAUUCAUUUAAGGGAAAUCUGUAUUGCGUUACUUUGUAAUCAAUUCAAUAUAUAAAUUGCUGUGCCAUUAACAACAUGCAUUAUAUAAAAAGGCAGGUUUCACUCCAGUUAUCAUUGUGAACAUUUGGAUUAAUGAGAUGGAGCAGAACGUCAAGUAAGUUAUUUAUUCAGGUUAUUGAAAUAUUACCCAGUAUAACAACCGGCUUCUAAAGUUCUUAUGUACAUUUCUCCAUUUGGCACGUGCUCUUAAAGCAACUUAUAGUAGGAUGGGCUCCUGCUUAUAGUCAUUUUAACCCUGAUUGACCACGUAGUAAGUCGAAUAUAUGUUAACGUCAUAACGCCAGUGGCGAUCAGCUCUUAUACUUUUAUCUAUACAUAAACUGUCAGAAACUGUCUGCCUCAAAGAUGUGUAGCCAAUUUAUUUUAAGAAUCUUCUUGGCUUUCCCAUAACACUUUGAUUGUGGCAUGAAAGUUGAUCGAUUCCCUCAUCUAGUUAAUUAUUUCAUGACUGUAUAUGUUUCACACUUCAAUGAAUAAAAGUAUUUCUGAAUCGGCACGCAAAGUAGCUUGAUCCGUCAAGAUUUAUCCACCAACGUAAAAUAUUGGCAGCUGAUAAAGCUGAUGAAUCUCAUAAUUUUUGCGUGAGGUCGAUAUUCUCAGUUGACUACGGCGUUCCUUGAAAAUGCCUUUUUCUUUAUAUCUUCCAGCGUUUUGUAAAGCCACAUUAUAAUUGACUUUUCACAGAGAUGCACUCUUUAUUAAGUCACAUAUGUCAUUUGAUUUGGUCAGUAGAAAUACUUUUUAUUUAUAUCGUAGGAGUUUGAUUGGCACUGUCCGAAGAUAUCAGGAACUGCGUAGGCCCAAGCUCAGUAUGAGAGACGUGUGGUCUCACUUUGCGAUAUUCUUACAAUGACCGAGAACAUAAAGGAUUUGUAUGGGAAUUCAGGUAAAAGAUUUAAGAAGAUUAACACUUGCUUGAAUUUUCAAUAAAAUACACCUUACCUUAUUUACUUUGCGAACAAUUCUUUAAGAAACAAUUGGACAAACAGCAGCGAGGAAAAGCCUGAUCUUAUUGAAGAUCAGGAUCAGCAAUACAAAAGGAGAUAAGACUAAAAGUUGAAGGCAAGGCUGAUCAGACAGCUAAGGGUUGAUAAUUUAAAAAUUUAUUUGCCCAAUAUUUCGACGAGACAAAAUUAGUCUUCAUCAGGGGCUAGAAACCUAAAAUUGGGCAAAUAAAUUUGUAAAUUAUCAACCCUUAGCUGUCCGAUCAGCCUUGCCUUCAAUUUUAAGUCUUAUUUACUUUGCUUGUUUUUGCUUACUCCCAGGGGGGGUACUUGUUGUGUGGUUGUUUUCCCGAUCCAUUGGGGUUUUUUAAUCGCUUAAAAAUCGCCUUAAAAAAGCGAUUUGCUGCCACAGGGAAAUCGCUUAAUUGAUCGCAAACAUAGCAAGCAAAAACAAGCAACGUAAAUAAUUAAUGUAAGGUGUAUUUUAGUGAAAAUUCUAGCGAGUAUUUAUCUUGUUGAAUCUUUUACUUGAUUUCCCAUACAAAUACUUUAUGCAAAAAAAAGAUCACACGUAUUAAUGAUUUAACUCUCAUACUGAGCUUGGGUUACCUGUGGGCUAAUAUAUUAAUGUCACUGAAAUGCAAGCGGAGGUUGUCGUGAUGUUAGUUGUUUCCAUAACUUCAAGAUUUGAUUAAAAUCAUGCGUUUUCUGCGGUCUUAUGAGAAAGUUCGCACGCGACUGGCAUCAGUGAUGGGAACAUUCUUUUUCCAUUGAUGAUGUUGAUGAAGAUGGUGAAAAUGAUGAUGAUGAUGAUGAUUAUUAUUAUUAUCGUUAUUAUUAUUGUUUCCAAAACUGUUAAAAGUAAAAAAAAAAUGACUAACGAAUUAAACAAUAACAGCAAAAAAAAAUGUAACGACUGGGACAAAAACGUUUUGGGUCAACAUGGCGUCGAACAAUUAUGUUUUAACCAGUCCUUAUCGGGUAUAGAUGGCCAAAAGCAAGACAAAGUAUAUAUCAACACAACCUCAAAUAAGCGCGAUAAGCCUUUUUCAGCAUGUUUUCCCUUAUCAAACAUGCUAUCGGUGCAAUUCACUCUUAAAAUGAGAUUGAUUCUUAAACAUUGCAAAUCAAAAUAUUGCCAAUAAUUUUUUUCCAUGUGCUGGAGAUUUUCACCCAAAAAAGAGGAAAUUUACCGAGUUUUGGUAAAAAGAUUAUGCAACGGGACAAUACCGGAUCAAAAAAUGGUAUGCACAAGGGGACGCACCAUAUAUGUUCGCGACGUAUUUUUAAAUAAACAAAUAAACCCCCCAAAAAACGGAAAUUCAGUAGACCCGGGAAAUUAUUUAAACUAACUUGUAUCCAGACUGCGCGCUCGGCUGUGGACAUUCUACCCGAAGAUAUACACUCAAUUCCCUCUGUUCCGUUAAAGACUGGAAAGUGAAACCUCUUCUCCAAGAUCUUAAACGCUGUUACGUCCAACAUCUCUCGUUAGCCGGUAGCCUGCAGGGUCUUAUGUGAUGCUCUGUUAUAAGGAGUCAGUGCCGAAACCUUUUGAAAGUAAGUAGUGAUGAACGGCUUCCGACAAAGAAGCGCUUUGCGCGGCUCGUAUUCAAGGUUCCUUGCAAGAGUUUCGCUACUUAACUCUGACGUAAGUAGAAAAACGUCUUCAUUGAGAUACGCGUACAGCUGUAGUUCCAUCAUACAUGAUUUCAUCGUCACCAUUUUUGACUGCAUAAGGUGGAUUCUCAAAACUUAUAUCAUGGCCUGGUUCACACCUGCGACGCAGGUGCAAACGCAAAGGACUUUCACACGUUCAUACAGUUUUUACCUCGCGUUUUCAUUUGCGCGCAUUUGCGUUGUCCCAGUUCACACGUGUGAAGCGCAAACAAAUGAGUAAAUGCAAGCGCGCGAAAGAAAAUGAAAAUGUCUCCAUUUCUUGCGUCGGCGCUUGUCCUUGCGUCACCCAUUUGUGUCAAGUAAAGUCACACGUGUACCUCCUUGCGUUUCCAUUUUCGUUGCGUGUGUGAGGUAGGAACUGAUGAAUGACAUUAUUUUACUUUUAAUUUACAUGCAUCUUUGAUUAAAAAGAAUGCGACGAGGACGUAUUUUUUCAAUUUAAAAACAUGACUCUGACAUCCUGAUAUGCCGACCCUCUUACAUGGAGUUAAUAUUCUACACUUCGUACGGACGAAUAACAACUAAAAUCAGCAAAAAAAAGAAAAGAAAAAAGCGUGUUAACGAAAUCAUGCCUGUCAGAAAAAAAGGAAAAGUUAUUUUUAAAGACAAACGCUUGAAUUUGCUCAGAUACUUGACAGGCCGCAAUUAUCGACAACUUUUUAUUAUAAUGGCAUCAUCUACUGACCCACACACAAGAAAAAAUAUCUUUGAUUUAUAUUAUCAAUAAUUGAGCAGGGAGAAACUAUUUUAACGAACAUUAUAUUAUGUGCCGGUUAGGAGUCUUAGAAGAAUGUCGUUAGUAUGAGACAAGUGCGAAAAUAUAAUAAAAGUUUUCAGCUUCAAUUUAGAAAGCCUUCUGUAAUAAACUCACGAAAUGAAAUAAACUUGAAACGAAAACUUUAAUAACAGUUUCUAUCCACUCAGGUGUACUUGUAUGAACAGUGAAUUCUGUUCUGAUCCGCUGUAAAAAUUAUUCAGCCUUAAUACAAAAUACAACUGAUUGUAGUUUUAUUCAAAAUAAUUUUUAAAAAAUCGAGGAAUCAGAUUGAGUUUUUUUUCUGCCAGAUUUAUUUCUUUAUCUCUUGCAACGAUUCAUUUGCACUCAUAAUUCAACGUCAAAUUUGAUCAUCACUUACCUAGGAAAUCGACGUUAUUAAAAACUGCAUUUGUGUGGUUUGGCAAAAUGCAAAAAAAAUCAUGUCAACAAUUUUCUGCAACAGAAGGCCAAAGAUAUACUUGUUUAUCUUUUGCAAAGGGCUUGUCAAAUUGUCCAUACCAAGAGCUCUUCAUGCCAUCUAUACUCAGAAAAACGGUAAUUUAGUGCUGUAAUAUCAGCCACAUUUGCUCUUUGAUGUUGAUGUUCUUACGAACGCGUAGACUAUUCUCAAUGUGCUCGAUGUGUUAAUUAAAGGUAUAUUUUUAAGUGAGCCUCCAUUCGUUUAAAAAUGGGCGUGCGCUAAUAUUAAUAUUAAUCACAUUUUAUUUUCCUAAAAAAGCCAAGUUUGUUAUUGCAAUAGGAAUCAAAAAGGUAAAAAAGUGAUAGGGAAGUGCAUGUCAUUUUAAUAGUAAUGUUACAUCAUUUUUGUGUAUCCGCAUGAUUUUACUUUCCGGGGAUGAAAAAUAAAGGAAAAACAUUUAUUAAAUAAACAAUUUUUGACACAAGUAAUAUAAGAGGAGACAUUUGACAGUUCAACCCAAGCAGAAUUUUACAUAUUUAUAUAUAUAUUUUUUUUUGAAAAAGAGACUUUUCGUCUUCAACUGGAAAUUGUUGUUGACUCUUUAUUAACUAAAGCAGUCACGUCCAACUAUCAUUUUCUAGUUUCAGGAAGAAUGGGGAAGAGAGAGGACAACUUGCGAGGUAGCAUCGACUGGAAACCGGAUAUUCUUCGCGACAAGUGCUUAAGUAACAGCCAAUGAAAAAAACAACUGUAUAAAUCUACAAUCCAUUCAUGUUACUCUCGCAACAGGAUAUGUCCUCUCUAUUGAGCAUCUUGAUUGUUAUAGAUUUUACUCUUCAAAACUGCCUGUGGAAGCCAAACAAAGCUCUCUAAUUAAACUCACCAAGACUGAGCAAAGUGUAACAUUCAAUUUUGUGGGACCAAUUGCAUAUGAACAGAUGUUACGUUCUUUAUCGUGAAAGCGGUUAGUUCUAACUAAAAAUAAAUUGAAGGCGGUUAAUGAGUUUCUCGUUCUUUUUCAGUUUCCACCUAAUUUGAAUUAAAGAUAGCUGACCACGUCACGGGAUCACUUUCGAGAAAUCCACAAUUCUCAUGCGUCGCUUUGAAAUCAAUUGUCAAAAGACAGCUGUGAAGAUCUUCAUUCAGUACGAUGUCUUGGUUUUACAUCCUUGGUUGGUUUCCAAGCGUUGUUGCAGUCUUUGGAAAUGCCCUGGUAGUGUUUUUAAUUGCCUCCAGGCCACGAUUACACACACGGCCUAACUGGUUUAUCACGUCCCUGGCUUUGGCUGACUUUGCUGUUGGUUUCAUCUAUUUUCCCACCAAUUUUCUGUGCGGAGAACGUUCCCUUUGCAAGAAAGAAAUAGCUCAAGAUAUAGCUGUACUGGCGAUUAAUUCAUCAAUAACGAAUUUAUGUGCUAUGACGACUGAUCGUUACAUAGCUAUCAUGAAACCCCUGAGAUGCGUAGCAUUAAUGACUUCUCGUCGAGCC